CGCACUCAUCUAGCAGACGCGAUGUGCUGCGCGGGCGCACAAUAACUGCUGUUUUGAGCUGCUGUGGAUUUGUUUACAUGACCUGAAUCUGGGAGUUACGAAACAACAAUGGACUUCGACGCAAUCCUAGAAGACGUCGGCACGUUCGGCCGCUACCAGAAGCUGGUGAUCUACUUCAUCCUGCUGCCGGCGGUGAUCCCGUGUGGAUUCCAUGCUUACUCGCAGCUCUUCAUGGCCGGAGAGACCAAGCACUGGUGUCGCGUGCCCGAGCUGGAGGGAGCUGCUGAUCAAGAGCUUGUUAAGAACUUGAGCAUUCCCCUCGAGCUCCGCGGCGAAGAGCUCCAAUACUCCCAAUGCAGCAUGUACCAGCUCAACUACAGCGCGCUGCUGCGCGGCGGCGGCGUGGAGGCGGCGCUGGCGCGGGGCGCGCGCGGGGCCGCGGGGCCGUGCCGGCACGGGUGGCUGCACGACCGGACAGUGUACCGGGAGACUGUCGUUACUGAGUGGGACCUAGUCUGCGACAAAGACUUCUACGCCACGCUCGGGCUGGUCCUCCUGGCUGUCGGGGGCAUCGUGGGGAACUACAUCUUCGGCUACGUCCAGGACACCCUCGGAAGGAAACCAGCCUUCUUCAUCUAUUUACUCAUUGAGUGUGUUUUCGGAGUGGCCACAGCUUUCGCCCAGAAUUAUGUGGUCUGGCUGAUCUUUAGGAUAGGAGUCGGGUUCACAGUCCCUGCUAUUAUGGCUACCCCUUAUGUGUUGGCAAUAGAACUCGUUGGACCUCGCCACCGCACCCUGUGCACGAUCCUAUCCAACAUCGCAUACUCUUUGGGUCUAAUCAUGUUGUCCGGAGUGGUCUACCUCAUCCGGGACUGGAGGAACCUGGCUCUGACUACCACUCUGCCUUUCGUAUGCUUCUUCCUGUACCUCUGGCCGAUGCCUGAAAGCCCCAGAUGGCUGCUGGCAAGAGGGCAGUUUGAAAAGGCUGAAGCGAUUUUGAAGAAUAUGGCUAGGAUAAAUGGAAAAUCCCUGCCAGCAAACUACAUGGUGCACCUCCGUCGCAAAUACGAAUCGGACAAAGCCAAGCACGAGUUAGAGAAAGAGAAGACUCGUAAAUACGGCAUCUUAGACCUAUUCCGGACCCCAAACCUUCGCAAGAAGACCAUCAUAAUCACUUUCAUCUGGUUCACUAACACCAGUGUGUACGUCGGGCUGUCGUAUUAUGCUCCUGUGUUGGGAGGGGACGAGUUCUUGAACUUUUUCCUGGCAGGUUUAGUGGAAUUGCCCACGUAUUUGUUCCUGUGGCCAGCCAUGGAGCGGCUGGGUCGGCGGUGGACGCUGUGCAUGAGCAUGGUGGUCGGCGGCGUCGCUUGUUUGACCACCUUUCUGGUGCAGCAUGAAACCUACGUGACCCUAGCUCUGUACUGCAUUGGCAAGAUGGGCAUAUCAUCGUCAUUUGUGGUGCUUCCCCUCAUGGCCUCGGAAUUAUACCCCACGGUGGUGCGCGGCCUCGGCAUGAGCUUGAGCUCUGUACUCGGGAUGUUGGGCCCGAUAUUCAUACCGCUUGUCAACUAUUUGGGAUCCGACAUAAUGGUUCUACCUCUGAUCAUAAUGGGAGCUUUAUUAGUAGCCGGUGGCAUAGCCAGCUUACUACUACCAGAGACUUUGAACCAACAUCUACCACAAACCCUAGAGGACGGAGAGAAAAUGGGCCUCGACACGGAAUUCUGCUGCAUACCGCCAGUAAGGGAAACUAAACCAAACGGCAAUGGCAACACGGGUGAUAUUGGCUCGGCAGAUUGCACUGGAUGUAACACUUUAUGUAGUUGUCAAAUGGUCAGCGUCUCAUUGGUGGAAACUGUGACUACGGCAGAAAGAGACGGCGAUAAAGUUGAGUUUGUUGUAAAAUAAAUUGUAUUUAUGGGAUUAUAAGGUAUAUUUUAUUAAUUUUAACUUUUUA